UGCAAAGAAUCCAGAAGCUUCCAUGCUUUUCAUUUUUCAGACCGAUUUUGGUCCGAAUAUAGUAGAAAAAAUCCAGAAACUUCUUCCAGUGCACAUUUUUAUUCUUUUCAUUUAAGGAUAUUACCAUCUUCUCAUGUUCUAAAUCCAUUCCUGCGAAAACCAAUUGCAUGUACAUCGACCCUACAGUCCCUUGGAACCACAAAACCAUCGAUUGUCUAUCUGAAAUUAUCUUACGAUGCAGCAGUGGCUGGCGUGCAAGCAACAGGGGCGUGAUUGCAGGAUCAGGCGCGCAGAGGAGGGGCGUGGGGUGCUGAUGAUGGCUCGGGCGUGCAGGGGCAUCAUUGCCGGCAGUGGGGCGCAGCAGGGCAAGCAGAGUGUAGGCGAUCUGGGCUGUGUGCAGGGUAGGUGCAGACUGGUUCGUGCAGAGGGGGGGUGCCUGGUUCGGGUGUGAGGCUAGGGUGCAGGGGCAAAGGGGGAAGAAGAAAGUUCUGGAGGAGAGAGAGGACGGAGACCUUUUCACCCCUUUUUUUUUUUUGGGUUUGUUUAGGUUAAAUGGGUUUAGUAUUUGGGCUUGGGUUUGGGUAGUUGUGUUUUGUGUUUUGGGUAAUUUUUUGGUUUUGGGAUUUUGGGCUUGGGUAGUUGGUAGGCUUUGGAUUUUGGUUGGCAAUACUGUUCACGUCGUGAGCACUGUUCACGGGUACUGUUCAUAGGCACUGUUCACACACCGAGGGUCAAUGAUUAGCGGGGAUUUAAAGGAUUAGUUUGUGAUAUAAGAAUAAGUUUGGAGAUGUCCGGUUGUGUGGAGAUUAAUAGAAAUAGCAUCGAGAUUAGGGGUAGUCCCGAUGAUGAUUUUACUUUGAAUUUGUGGAAUAUUGUGAUUAGGUUUUGAUCGUUCUGUCACCGUAGCACUUGGGUUAGCCUUCUGUUCUGUGCGAGUGAGGAAGCGAUACUGAGGACGAGGGAAAUCGAGGGGAGUGACGAGUUAGAAGGCUAGCCAUUGUGUAAAUUGAAUAUGGAUUUUAGAUAUAAAUGAUGAUCUUGUAAGCGAGAUUUUAAUUGGAGAUUGUAAAUUCAUUUAGUGGAUAGUUAGUUUAUAAGAGAUUUGAUCUGGAGAUUUUGAGGUUAAGUCGUGUUUGGUCAUAGGGAAUUAAUUUUGAAAUAUCUUAUCUGAGUUUGGAUUGUCAGAUGUGAUUUGGAUAAGUUUCGAGCAUUGUGCAUUCGUGGGACCCGAUCACGAGUGCACGGCGUCUGUCGCGUCUCCGGAUUUGGGUUCUGGGGCGUGACAGAUCUUUAGUA